GUUAAUUUUCAGUACAGAAGGGUUUGUUGUUCUCGGCUGGUAUUCCCUUGCUUGUUUUUGGAACCAGAAGUCAUCGAAAACCUACAAUGUCGCAGCGUGAACACAAGAAAAACGGGGAGCAGCCGACUUUAAACUCGGAACACAAGUUACACGGCGUCAUGGUAAACCCGAGAGCGGUGUGUAAUGUGUGUAAACGCUUGUACCGGGACCCUAAAAUCCUGCCCUGUCUGCACACCUUCUGCUCCGACUGUAUCGGCCAGCUGGAGCCGUUCUCUGUAUCCUCUCGUAGUCACCGGGACGGUCCGGAGGAGGGCAGGGGCGGGGAGGCGUCCGCUGCGGACCGAACCUCCGUCACCGUUACGGUGCUCUGCCCCGAUUGUGACUCCGAGGUGGACAUCCCGCCUUCGGGGCCGGCCUGGCUGAGCACCGACCACCUGGCGCUAGACGAAGUGUUCCUGGAGACUCUGGUGACCAACGGCCCGCUGGGAUGCGACCUGUGCGGGGAAGGAGGCGCCGAGCGCCGCUGCGAGGUCUGCUGCGUUAACCUGUGCGAGUUCUGCUGCCAGGCACACAGGCGGCAGAAGAGAACAGCAUCUCAUUGUGUUCAGCGUCUCGAGGAGCUGAGGUCUCGAGGUCGUCUCUGCCGCCCUGUCCUGUGUUCCCUGCACCCCGGCCAGGAGCUCCGGCUCUUCUGCCAGCCCUGCGACCUGCCAGUCUGCCUGGAGUGUGCCGCCACGCUGCACCGUGACCACCGCUGCUGUCCCACACUGGACGUUAUCGAUCGUCACGGAGACCACAUCAGAGAGCUGGUGACGGCGCGCCUUCGACCUCGCCUGGAGCAGCUGGAGCGCUCACUGCAGAAGGUGGAAGUAUCCCAAGAUGCUUUGCAGACACGAGUGGAAGAAGCUGCGAGCGAGGUGAGGGCGUUUGCACGAAGCUACGCCAGCGCCGUGGAAGCCCACUGCGUGUCUCUGCUGCGUCGUCUGGAGGAACUCCGUGUUCAACGCAGGAACCAGCUCCACCUGCAGAGGGCGCAGCUGCAGCAGGCUCUGCUGGACGUCCGAGGCGGCGUGGAGUUCGCAGAGAGACUGCUGAGCUGCGGCUCAGAAGCUGAGAUUCUCAGCGCCAAAGGAGUGACCCUGAGAAGACUGACCACGCUGGCUAGCUAUGACCCUCACCUGGCAACAGUCGCCCCCGACGACGGCAGCAGCAUCAGCUUCAUGCCCAGAGAGCCAGCAGGGGAGGUGGAGGGCUACCCGGUGGUCGGGGUCCUCCACUCUAAGACAGUGGAUCUUAGCAAGUGCACCAUUGAAGGAGAAGGUCUACAGCGGGGCAGGGAGGGCCAGCAGGGUCACUUCACCCUGGUGUGCCGAGACUCAGCUGGAGAGCAGAUGGCACGAGGUGGGGAGCAUGUCCUGGUCAGCAUCGUAAACAAGGAGAAGAAAAACUGCACAGUGGAGACAACAGUGAUUGACAACAACGAUGGAUCCUACACUGUUUCAUACACACCUGAAGAGCCAGGAGCUUACUCAGUGUGGGUUUGUGUCAAAGCCCAACACAUCAAGGGUUCUCCAUUCAUCCUGAAUGUGAAGAGGAAAUUCAGGCGUCACACUGGAACAUUUCACUGCUGCUCCUUCUGUUCCAGUGGAGGAGCCAAAGAGGCUCGCUGUGGCUGUCCAGGAACUAUGCCAGGAGGUUUCAAAGGCUGCGGUCACAGCCACAAGGGUCAUCCUGGGAAGCCCCACUGGUCCUGCUGUGGCAGCACCGCGGAGCAGUCCGAGUGCUUGCCCGCGAGCGUGAUGGCUGCAGUGUCCCCCCGAGGCCACCUGCGCACCGUGGAGCUCUGAGGUGACAUGGAGACGAGACCCGUCAGGACGAUGCAAGUUAAUAAAAGAUGACAGCCACCGAAAGGUUAGAGCAGCAGGGGGGAGGCAGCUUAAGGUUGUCGACGCGAACGUUCGGGCAGACUUGAAAAAGGUCAGGGCGAGGAAAUGAAAGCUCUGAAGACACACAGACAGGCAGCGGGAGGACAUCACAGUCGCCGUGUCCUCAGAUAACAGACAAUCUGGUAUGGUGGCGUAAUUAUGAUACAAGAGCAAGCAAAUAAGACAAACGCCAAGGUCUGAAGUAAAAGCUUUCAGGCCGUGUUUUAAAGUGCCUUCAGUGCCCCUCCAAGCACUGCCUGCACACUCUGGUUGAAUAUUAACCACUUUUUUUAUGCACAGAUUGCAAAUUGUGGGAGCUCAAAUCACUGGAAGACAAGAUACGUGAACUACUCAAUAAUGACAUUAUAACAUUCAUACAUAGAGACAGAGUUUGUCCGUGUGGAAUGCUCAGUACUAUCACAGUCUCCCACUAAAGCAGACGUGUGUGUGAAGGCCAUGGUAACAGCUGUUGCUAGGAGAGGAGACAUUUGUGCUCCCUCACUGUUGCACUUCUCUUUCACCAGCAAUUAUUCAAUCUCAAGCUGAUAUGUUUAACCUCACAGAUCCCAUCUAUUCCAAAGGUGCUGAAAUCUGUUCCAGACUCAUUAGACUGGAAACAUUGAAAAUUACCAGACUGUUGUCCUCAACACUUCCUUUGAAAGUACCCAGGAGAAUACACAGAGAGAAGAACUGUGAUCCUCACAAGCAUUUACACACAUGAAUAAUGAUGUAAUUUUGGAUGGCAACAUACAGUCAUUACUUACUAUCAACUAUGUCAUUAUGAAGUAAUUAGCGGUACAAAAUCGAGCCCAACAGACAAAUGGGGAGGCAGAUACUUUCAGCCAGUAUUGACUCAACGUCAGCUGAUAAGUAACAGGAAAUUGCAGUAAGGAAAUGCCAAAUAUAUGUUUUAAGUCAUUUAGAAAGUGUCACUAUUAUAUUUGUCUGCCAGAGAGGACUGACGAAAAGUGUCAAAUGUCCUGCUCAGUAUAUCACUGGCUCACAAUUGUUUAAAACACAAAUUUAAAGGAAACUUAUAAACAUGUUUAUUUUAUGCAUUCAUCUUUAAAAAAAAGAAAAAAAGAAUAUUGCCAAAUACAAUCAUUGGCCCCUCUUCAUUAGGUACACCUGUGCAAUCUAAUCCAAUCCAAUACAACAGCUCUGCUAUAAAUUCUACCUUAAAGAAGUUUCUACAUGUUUAGUUUUUGUUGACACUGUCAGGAAGGUGAUCAUUCUACUUUAUGUUUAUUAUUGAGGUCAUAGUGGGUGAUAGUGGUGGAUUAGAGUGCAUUAUAUUGAAUGGUGUUCCUAAUAUUUUGUCCACUCCAUUAACAUACAUGAGGGUGGCAAAAUAUUAGGAACACCAGUCAAUAUAAUGCACUUCAGUAAAGUUUAAAACUCUAAAAUAGCAACAAUCCAGUAUCAAAUGAGCCAUAAUACAAAAAAUAUUUUUUUUGAAGAAAUAUCAUAGUGAUGCUAAAAAGUAUUUUUUGUUUGUUCGUAUCUUCUCUGAGAACCAAGACUUGAUUCACUGUGUUACUUGAUGUUAUUUACUACAGUCUGUCUGUACCACUGUGGACCUGCUAGUUACUGGUAAGCUAUCGGCUGCUUGGCACAUUUUCCAAAUAAAUACCAAGUAAUUA